AUGGGGCGUGCAAAACUGAAGAUGGAACUAAUAAGCAAAGAGAAAGGAAGGAAUGCAACAUUCAAGAAAAGGAAAGACGGACUAAUGAAGAAAUUGUAUGAAUUUACAACUCUUUGCAAUGUGAAUGGAUGUAUGAUCAUGUAUGGACCUAAACAAAGCAAUGGUUCCAACUCUGAGCCUGAGAUUUGGACAAACAAUAGCAUGCAAUCUGGGAAUAGUACUAAUAAAACUGUACAAGUUGAAGAGAUUCAGAAUCUUAUCGACGAAUACAAAAAGGAGAGUAGUAUGCAAUCUGGCAGUACAAAAACCUUUGGAUUGUCUGAUUAUUUCCUCGAUCGAAACAAGAAAGUUGAGGAAGAGUUGAUCAAGUUGAGAAAGAUGAACAUGCAGAAAAAAUACCCAUGUUGGUUAGAGUUCAUGAACCAGUUAUCUGAAAUUAAGUUAAGGGAAUUCUUAACUUUAUUGGAUGACUAA